AUGUCUAGUCCAGAAGAAUUGAUUGCCCAAGCCGAUAAAAAAUGUGCACCAGUUGGCGGGUUUGCCAAAUUCUUUGGUGGUCUGAGUCUUUACCGGUUCGAAGAGGCGGCUGAUCUUUAUAUCCAAGCUGCUAACUUGUACAGAAUCCAAAAACAAUACGUGAAGGCCGGGAACUUGUUUGAAAAAGCUUCGGAAGCCCAAAAGAAGGCGGAAUCGAUAGAUGAAUCAGGCAGUACCCUCAUCGAUGCUUUCAAGAGUUAUCGUGAGGAUUCCCCGCAAGAUGCUGCCAGAGUGCUCAAGGAAGCCAUCAAGAUUUUCACCACCAGAGGGCAAUUCCGUAGAGCCGCCAAUUUCAAGAUGGACCUCGCGGCAAUUUACGAAGACAGUCUCAAUGAUUUGAGCGAGGCCACCCAACAUUACGAACAAGCAGGCGAUUGGUAUUCUUCGGACCAAGCCCAAGCAUUGGCCAACAAGGCCUACGUUAAGGCCGCUGAUUUGGGGGCAUUAGCAGGGAACUAUAUCCAGGCAGCAGCGCUUUACGAAAGCGUGGCCAAGAAAUCUCUCAAUAAUAAUCUUUCCAAAUGGUCGCUCAAGGACUAUUUCUUCAAAUCCAUUUUAUGUUACUUGGCCGCCGAUGAUAUGGUGGCUGCUAAGAAAACUUUGGAUAAGUUUAUUGAUUGGGACGGUAGUUUCCAACAAACUAGAGAAUGCAUUUUAUUGAAUGAUUUGUUCGAAGCAAUUAGUGACAGAGAUGGCCAAGUGUUUGCUGAUAAGUUGUACGAGUUUGAUCAAUUCAGUAAGUUGGAUAAAUGGAAGACCACUAUCUUAUUGAAGAUCAAGAGUUCUAUCGUUGAAGCUGACGAUGAUAUCUUGUGA